CUCAUUUUCUCAAUUUACUUUUGUUGGGAUAUUAGGAAAUUGGGGAGAAAAAUUAUGGGAGGGAAGGAAAGUUUGAGCUUGAGAAGAUUUGGCAGCUUAGCUCAACGAGGGUUUAGUCUUCUUGUUCGAAUGGAGGUGAAUAUGGCCAGCAUAAUUAUGGCCCCGACUAUCAACUUCUCUGUCAGCAGAAGCAGCAAAAAUUUUAGGAUGACGAAUAAUGUUACUGGACGAGGUCAUGGUAUAAAGGCAAUGCAGAUAGAAAAACCUCUGGAGGAAUUGUACAAUGUGAGAGUUGACAGGAAUGUAGCAGCAGAACGACUGGCGAUUCUUGGGGUUUCAAAAUGGUCUGUGUGGAAGACUGGAAAGUGCAAGUUGCCAUGGGACUGGCAAGUAGACGAAUUAGUGUACAUUGAGGAAGGAGAAGUCAGGGUGGUGCCAGAAGGGAGUGAAAAGUAUAUGCAAUUUGUGGCAGGAGACCUUGUUCGUUAUCCCAAGUGGUUUGAGGCUGACCUCUGGUUCAAUGGUACAUACCAAGAGCGAUAUUGUUUCCGAGCAUAUGGUGAUGACUAGCAAUCCUAAAAUGGCUGUUUUUAGAUCAACAAAAACAACUUUCUAUUUCAGUAUUUUGCGCGUAGCGAAUAUAUCCAAGGAUCCAUAAAUUGUGAAAGGGCAGACAACAUGGAGCAGUUGUGUUAUUCAUCAAGUACACAAUCCAAUCACUGCCAUUCUUUGCAACGUUAAAGGCAUGGUAUUCCUUCUGCAGGCCACUCCAGCCUUUGUAUCGAAUCAUAUGAAUAUCAAGAGCUUCCAUUGCAUGCUAGAUUUAUUCAACCAUCUUAAGCAAAGCAAAGCGGAUGUUGUUAUUUUUAUUUCGGUCUGAGUUAUUGUUGACAUUGCCAUUUUUAUAACUUUGUUCUUCAGACUGUUUAUUCUAUCUGAACUCUAUUGGAAUUGUGGGAUCGGAAGAACACCACAUUUCGUGAUCGUGAAGGUUA